CUGAACGUCAUUCGCAGCACAAACGUCGAGCCGACUGGAGGUCCUUGUUUCCAUUUUCCAGUCCGCAAGGAUCAGCGUUAUCAGUUUGUUGUUAAGUUUGCUUAGUUCCCGUUCCCGUUCUCUCGUUCGUUUCCGUUUCCCCUUCAACGCGUUCAAGUUUUUUUACGUUUAAACGCUAUCGAUGCCAUGGCCCAGACGCAGACGCAGACACAAACCCAAUGCCAGGGAACCGAGACCCUCCGCCAUCCGCACAGCAUCGGCAUCCAGCUGCAGCACAAGGGCAUGCCCCAUGGCCUGGGGCUGCUGACCACGGUGGCCUCUCUGCCGCCCAAGUACCGCAGCCGGUAUCUGAACCUGAAGACCAGGUGCGAAAUUCCGUUGGAUCUGUCGGUGAAGCUGCCCUCGCCGCUGCCCAGCAGCGAUGUGCCGAUGGCCACCACAUUUACCGAGGUGUACAGUGAAAAUGUGACCGAGGCAGUAGUGGAAACUGCGCCGGAGCAGCAGCAGGAGAAGCACGAACAGGAGGCUGCACAGCUAACACCAAAAUCCGACCCCACACCGCCUCAGAGUCCAGAGCUGCUCAUUAAGCGUAAAUUGAGCUGCGACGAUGAUGGGCAGCCGGCUAAAAUGGCCAAGCUUGAAUCCCCAACAGAAACUGUAGAAGCCACGCCAGCGAAACCCAUUAAAGCACUCGAUUCAGCGCCAAGGACCAGCAAGGCCAGUGCCUCCUCCUCGAAAUCCUCACGGAACAAGGCCACGCGCAAACUGAAGUUCGACGAGGAGACCAGCUCUCCGGUCUCAGGCACCAUUAUCCGCCCCUUGGAGGACAUCACCGAUGGCUCGAUGCAGUACAGCAAUGGUGACAUUGAUCCCAAAUACAACAUCGUUGAGAUCACCGAGGAAACCAAGGCCGAGUUGGCUGCCAUCAAGAAUGUGAUUGGUGACUAUGUGUGUCGGCUGUGCAAGAUCAAGUUCGAGGAUGCCUUUGGCCUGGCCCGUCAUCGCUGUGCCUGCAUAGUGCUCCUGGAGUACCGGUGUCCUGAGUGCGGCAAACAGUUCAAUUGUCCGGCCAACCUAGCCUCACAUCGCCGUUGGCACAAACCCCGCAAGGAGGCCACCACCUCCUCGAAGAAGGAGAAUCGCAACACCAUAAACCAGUUAGAGCAGCAGCAGUCGCCGGCGGAGAAAAAAGGAGCCGAGGAGUUGGCCUUCGAUUGCGGGGAGUGCGGCAAGAAGUUCAAGCGGGCGGCUUAUCUGAGAAAACACCAGCUGACGCACCAGAAGAAGCCGCUGGGGAAGCCGGAGGAGAAGCCACUGGAAAUGCAGGCACCAAGCACCACCACCACCAUCACAGGUAGUUUCCAUUUCAACCAGGCGGCCUCCACUUCCUCGGCCAGUAGUUUGCACUCCGAUGAGGGUGUCUAUGCCGCCAGGAGCAACUACGAGUACGACAACGACUACCUCUCGGACAGCAGCUCUUCGGCCUCCUCCGUGGGCUAUGGGCGGCUCCAGAUCGUGGAGCAUGGCCUGACCGAGGAGGAGAGCAUAGCGGCGGCGGCCUUGACCAAUCUGAGAAACUGCGCCUCCGUCAUCCAGCACACCACCAUGGCGCACUGAAAGCGAGUGAGAUCUCACGCGAGUUACUGUUAAGUUUAGUUAUUAGUUGAGAAAUAACCCUGACCUCAAGGGGUUAAUGCAGCUGAAGCAGACCAAAGACAUUAAUUUUAUCCAAAAGGGAAUUUAAUUUUCCAUAUUUUACUAUUAGUUAGCUGGUAAAGUUUAGUUAUUAAUUCGAUUUAGUUGAGUUCCAGUUCAAGAUGAGUUCAGUUCUAGUCAGGCUCUGAUUUGUAAUCCGUACUUCGGUCAGACAUUCCAAAGGUAUUUCUAGUCAUACAUCAUAGUCAGUGUGUAACAACUAGUCAGUGUUGCAACUAGUCAGCUUCAAUACGAUCUCGAAAUAGUCUUUUGAGUACUAGUACUUGUACCAGAAAAGCAUUUCAUCUAGUCAGUAAUUAUAAAUUAGUAGUUGGGAGUGCAAUGAACUAGGUAUUGAAAAUAGUCUAAAAACCAAACUAACAACUUUCGUAUUUUCUAACUUCAUCUGAUACUAACCAGCCUAUAUAUCAUAUUUCAAACUAUCCCUUAACUUUACAACUCUUUCAUUCAUGACUCAUUCAUCACUCAUCCUUCAACAUUCCAUACUUCACACUUUCAUAACUCUUUUUUCAUGACUCAUGCUCAUAGUCACCUUUCUUCUUCAUCUACCAUAAAUCCAUCUACUCAUAUCUCAAGCUCUUCUUUCACACACAUAUCAUAUACAUUACAUAUAUCAUAAAUAUCCACCCUUUAACCAUUCUCAUGUCAUUCUAGUCAUAAGUUCUUGCAUUCCUUCUAGUCACUUUAGAUACGUUAGUACUCCUUCAUUUCGAUUUUUCUAAGUUUGUACUUUGAUAGUACGUACAUCAUUCUUCAUAUUUCGGAUACAGCUUUAGUUCUAUAUAGGUUAUAUACCGAAAACAAAAUUCAGGCGAAAUUGUGCAGUAAUAGGUAUUAAGUUACAAACCAAACCAAAAAGCAAAAACCAAACCCAAACCUAAGUUUAAACAAAAAUCCAAACCCAGUGCUUUGGUAAACCAAAAAACGAGUGUGAGCUCUAGUCAUUUUUUAGGAACUUAAGAUGGGGGGAUAAUAAAUGCCCCCCGUUUAGUUUAGUUAGGCAUAGAAACGGACAUUGGACCAGCGUCUCACUACCAGUCAAAGUAUUGAACAGUACAACCUAGCUAUAAGGGCCACAGGCAUCUCUGAACCGGCGGUUGUGUACUUAAAGCAAUAAUCUAAGCAAUCCCAAUAAUCGGGGCAAUAUCACAGCGCUAUUGUUCCUUAGCACUUGUCAUAAUUGUAAAUUGGUUGUAACCGCAGAGUACAACGAAAUGGGAAACUUUCGCUCAAUCUAGUCAUUAACUCUAAUUGUAAGCUAUAUCAUACGGAACCAUAUCGGUUGAGAUUUUGUGAUACUAAACUCUAAGCCUAAAGUUUACAAGGAUCGUUGUGCUCGAGUGCAUAAACAAUAAGCAAGGAAUAUAGAUUUUUUGACCAAAUAUUUUUAUGCGUAAUAUACACUUGAAAACAAAUAUUUUUAUACAAAAACUACAUUUGGAAAACC